UCAAAUUAAAAAACAAAAUACGUGUAUAUAAAAUUGAAUAAAACCCCAACAGAAACGUGACACAAAAGAAAAGAUUGGGGAAGCUGACCUCUGCCUUUCCUCCUCCAUUAAUCAAGGAAUAUAAAUCAGCUUUAAACUCAGUCCUCUUAUGGAAGACAAAAAAGCAAAUAUUUAUUCGUAAAUAUAACUUCAGAACCCUUUCAACAAAACUCUCUCUGUUCUUUCUCCGUGGAGAAGUUAAAGAUGACGAUGUCGGAGAACUCAAGAAACUUGGAAGCUGGUUUGCUACUGAGGAAGAACCAAAACGACAUCAACGAAUGUCGUAUCACUGCUGUUGUACUUUUCAGUACUUUCGUUUCUGUUUGUGGCUCUUUCUGCUUCGGUUGUGCGGCAGGUUAUUCAUCAGUUGCUCAAACAGGGAUCAUAAAUGAUUUAGGUCUCUCUGUUGCACAAUACUCCAUGUUUGGUUCAAUCAUGACUUUUGGAGGAAUGAUUGGUGCCAUCUUCAGCGGGAAAGUUGCAGAUCUCAUGGGUCGAAAAGGGACUAUGUGGUUUGCUCAAAUUUUCUGCAUCUUCGGUUGGGUUGCAGUAGCAUUAGCAAAAGACUCCAUGUGGCUUGAUAUUGGAAGACUAUCCACAGGAUUUGCAGUUGGUUUAUUAAGCUAUGUGAUACCAGUUUACAUUGCAGAAAUAACACCAAAACAUGUUCGAGGAGCGUUUGUAUUUGCUAAUCAGCUGAUGCAGAGUUGUGGAUUGUCUUUAUUCUACGUCAUUGGAAAUUUUGUUCAUUGGCGUAACUUGGCCUUAAUCGGUCUCAUUCCAUGUGCGUUGCAAGUUGUGACUUUGUUCUUUAUUCCAGAGUCCCCUAGACUACUGGGAAAAUGGGGACAUGAAAAAGAAUGUAGAGCUUCAUUGCAAAGUCUUCGCGGAGAUGAUGCAGAUAUCUCUGAAGAAGCCAACACUAUCAAAGAAACCAUGAUCUUGUUUGAUGAAGGACCAAAAUCGCGGGUUAUGGAUUUGUUUCAGAGAAGAUAUGCUCCAUCUGUUGUUAUUGGUGUGGGACUAAUGCUUCUACAACAACUCUCUGGAAGCUCAGGACUUAUGUACUAUGUCGGUAGCGUAUUUGAUAAAGGAGGGUUUCCAAGCAGCAUUGGCUCAAUGAUUCUUGCAGUGAUCAUGAUACCAAAAGCUCUAUUGGGUCUGAUUUUGGUUGAGAAAAUGGGACGAAGACCACUUCUAUUGGCCUCUACCGGUGGAAUGUGCUUUUUCAGCUUGCUCCUCAGUUUUUCCUUCUGCUUUCGGUCAUAUGGCAUGCUUGAUGAGCUCACUCCGAUUUUCACAUGUAUCGGUGUAGUGGGUUUCAUCUCUUCAUUUGCCGUAGGCAUGGGAGGCUUACCAUGGAUCAUCAUGUCUGAGAUAUUCCCAAUGAAUGUUAAAGUUUCUGCUGGGACUCUGGUUACCUUAGCCAACUGGUCCUUUGGUUGGAUUGUUGCUUUCGCCUACAACUUCAUGCUAGAGUGGAACGCAUCAGGAACGUUCUUGAUCUUCUUUACUAUAUGUGGUGCGGGUAUAGUCUUUAUUUAUGCGAUGGUACCCGAAACUAAAGGAAGAACAUUGGAAGAUAUACAAGCUUCUCUUACAGAUUUUCUACAAUGAGAUCAAGUUUGACUUGUUUAAAGUUAUUCAUUUUUUCUUAGAUUACAAUUGGGGGGAGGUUUAUAGUUUUUUGUUGUAAUUGUUACCUCAUUUGAUGUGCAAUUGAGAAAGAGAUCACUUGAACAUAAGGUUUAGAUAUCUCUCUGUCUCAGUAAAUUAGCCCAAUGUAUGUAUAGUAUAGUCCCAGUUUUACACCCAAAAAAAAGAAAUAUAAAAUUGAACUUUAAGGUAUUGGCUUUUUGCUUUCAUUGUAUAUUUAACAUUUUUUUUUUUUACUUUUACUAGUUGCUAAUGCUAUUAAUCAAUCUACCAGUUCUCUGAAACCUGUAGACCCACAGUUUCUACUUUCGGACUUAUUUGUUCUGUAUGUGUUCCACAUUUCCGG